AUGUCCUAUGACCGCUAUGUGGCCAUCUGCAAACCCCUGCAUUACAUGACCAUCAUGACCAGCAGAGUCUGCAGGAAUCUUGUCCUCUGUUGUUGGGUCUCUGGAUUAUUGAUUAUCCUUNCAGCAGACCUCCAUCUGGAAUUUUGUGACUCUGUUAUUGACCAUUUUUACUGUGAUGCUUCCCCAAUACUAAAGAAUUCCUGUUCAGAUACAUGGUUCAUAGAGCAGCUAGUUAUAUUCUGUGCUGUGUUGACUUUCAUAAUGACUCUUGUUUGUGUAGUUUUGUCCUACAUAUACAUUAUUAAGAUGAUUCUAAGAUUACCCUCUGCCCAGCAAAGAAAAAAAGCCUUUUCCACCUGUUCUUCCCACAUGAUUGUGGUUUCCAUCACCUAUGGCAGCUGCAUCUUUAUAUAUAUCAAACCUUCAGCAAAGGAUGAAAUGAUGCCUGUUUGCUUGGCAACUCACAAUUCUCGGAGUGUCUGUGUCAUUCCUUCUCCUGUGGCGGUGGUUGAAACACGCCCCCCAAAAUGA